AUGCCAUCCACAUUCACCAAGACUUUUGACACCCUUGCAUUCAAGGGGACUGUCACGAUCCCUCUGGGUCUCUACAUAAAUGGAGAGUUCGUGGACCCUGUUGAGGGUGGCACAAUCGAUGUUGUCAAUCCCGCAACGGGCAAAGUGGUUACUUCCAUCGCAGCCGGGACGAAAGUCGAUAUAGACAUUGCCGCGAAGGCAGCCAAGAAAGCCUACAAGACUUCAUGGGGCCUUAAAGUUCCUGGAGCCGAGCGUGGAAAGCUUAUGUCGAAGCUCGCAGUCUUGAUGGAGCAACAUAUUGCGGAGUUUGCUGCUCUCGAUGCCCUUGCUAAUGGUCGAGACAACAAAGGAGCGAUUUCCGUCAUGCAAUACUAUGCUGGCUGGGCUGACAAAAUCAACGGGAAGACCAUCGAGACCAACGAGAACAAACUAGCUUAUACCAGACAUGAACCCAUCGGUGUCGUGGGUCAAAUUAUUCCAUGGAAUGUUCCGAUGUUCUCUCUUUCUCUCAAAAUCGCUCCUGCGCUGGCCACUGGCAACACCAUUGUCCUGAAGCCUUCUGAACUCACCCCGCUUUCUGCUCUUCUCUUCUGUACUCUGAUCGAGGAAGCGGGCUUCCCUCCAGGCGUCAUCAACAUCGUGAACGGAUAUGGCCCAACGGCAGGACAGGCAAUCUCCGAGCAUCCUCUUAUCGAGAAAGUCGCAUUCACUGGUAGCACUCUGACGGGUCGGAAAAUCAUGGAAGCUGCUGCGAAGAGCAACUUGAAACCUGUCACUCUCGAACUCGGCGGAAAGAGCCCGAACGUCAUUUUCGAUGACGCCGACCUGGAGCAGGCAGUCAAGUGGGCCAUUCACGGUAUCUACUUUAACCACGGCCAGAAUUGUUCUGCGGGCUCCCGUAUCUUUGUUCAAGAAAGCAUAUACGACAAGUUCUUGGAGCAAUUCACAGAGCAGGCCCGCGCGAUCAAGGUUGGCGAUCCCUUUGCGCCCGACACGUACCAAGGCCCACAGGUGUCCAAGACUCAAUUCGAGCGCAUCAUGGGGUACAUCGACUCCGGCAAGAAUGAAGGUGCUACAGUGCACCUUGGUGGCAAGCAGUUAGGCGAAGAGGGCUACUUCAUCGAGCCAACUAUUUUCACGGAUUGCCAGCCCAACAUGAAAAUCGUCAGAGAAGAGAUAUUUGGCCCUGUCGCAUGCGUCAUGACGUUCAAGACGGAGGAUGAGGUAGUCGAACAGGCUAAUGAUACAUCAUACGGACUUGCUGCGUCGGUAUUUACCAAGGACAUCGACAGAGCAAUCCGCGUUGCGCACGCUCUCGAAGCCGGUACUGCAUGGAUAAACUGCGCCAACCAGACUGAAAUAUCGAUGCCAUUUGGAGGCUUCAAGCAGUCGGGAAUUGGUCGUGAACUGAGCGAGUAUGCUUUGGAAAACUACACGAACGUCAAAGCCGUUCAUGUCAACAUUGGCAUUCGGUUGUGA